AUGACGGCAGCGAGCAUCACUGCAUGUGUUAAACUCACUUUGGGAGGGCUGGAUCAUUUCACGACUCUCGCUGGCGGGACGAAAGACGCGCUUCUCUGGGUGUUGCGCGCGCCGACGAUCCGGACAGCUGAGAGUCCACAGGAGCGCAGCCCAGGGGUGUUCAGUCGCAUCGGGAGCUGGUUGGCGUGGGGUUGGAGUGGCCCGGCUCUGAGCGGAGAUGAUCCCGACUCCGAAACACAACGAGAGGAGGCGUCUGAUGAGGACAACAGAGGAACUGCUGCUGGUGCACAUGAGAGAAACAGUCCUGCAGUAGAUGAACCCGCUCCAGCUGAGGAAAGCCGGAAUGCCCAACAUCCGAGAACCCAGGCAUGCCGAGAGCAAAGAAGAAGUGAAAACGACAAGACCUUUGUAAAAAGAAGCAAACGUAGUCACUCGUUUGAGAGUAGCAGAAGCAGAUCAACACCUGACUUCUCUGAUCAAGAUAACACAGAGCAAAUGGGACGCAGGAGAUCUGGAAGGAGGAGGCGGGGCUCUCAUGGAGAUGUGGGCGGGGCUCAGACUAAAUCACCAACCAGUCCUCAGCCUGACAGUCCUGUAGCAACCAGUUUGGCAACUAGCCCACAGCCGGCAUGUGCUGACUCAGCUUUUGAGGAGGCGGAAAGCGGCGUUCAGGAAUGCUCCGGAGCAGAAGCGGCCAACUCAGGUAGUCGCGAGGAUUGUGUCCGAGCAGAAUGGGUGGAAACACACCUGAGCGAGGACAAGACUGAUUCCCCGAGGUCACCGGCCACUGAAUCAGACAUCAUGGACGAGGAACCGGUGGUGAGAAUGACCGAGAGCGCUGAAUCCAAACGCAGGAGUAUCAAAGUGUCUCACAGCGAGAAGAUCUUUGCUAAAAAGCUGGUGGUUUCAAAUGAAGAUCCUCAUGGGACGUUUAGAAGCUCCACGGAUCCUAAAUGGCCGAGAUCUGAUGAGAAAGCAAGAUGUCCAGAGGACAGAGUGGACGGCACUAAUGUGAAGUCCGGUCAUCAAAAGGGACGAAUCGCAGACAAAAUCAGUCUGUUUGAAAGAGGAGCGACCAAAGCUGUCAGCAGCUCCACAAACCUGCGUCAUCUGGAUAUUUCUCCGGCUCGAAAUGUGGCUCAAAGACUCAAAGAUGCCGGAACGAGAUCCAGUUCUGCACCUCCGAAACAAACAGUUAAAGAGAGAGCAAUGAAUUUCUCUGCAGGACAGAGGGGAGAGGAGAACUUACCAUUGUCGUCUGGUCAUGCAUUGAGCGAAGGACUUUUAAAAACAGCUAAUCGUACUGAAGCAUCUUGUUCUGGAAGUUUUGAAAAAUCUACAGCAAAUACCAGACCCAUAGAUCAAACAGACUCCAAAUCCCACAAUGCAACACAAAGCAAACCUGAGAGCACUGGUGACGCGGACAUUGGGAAUAAAGAUAAAGCACCGACGGUUUCAUCUCCUAUUGACGAGAGCCCGCCGGUGAAAUCUCCAAACCGGACAGGCUCGCGAUCUAAAAAACGACGAAGCAAAGAACCGCUCAGCCCCACCAGCAAGAACCAGGAUCAAGGUAAACAGGAGGUCAAGGACAACAAUAUAACCACAAAACCUCUUAUAGAUGCGGGAGACGUUGUAAAGACCGUGCGUAGACCUUCUGGUGAUGAGCCUAAAUUUCCUCCAAAGUUGGAGAAAGACACCGACUCAAAGAGGUUACAAAAGUCUCCACAUAUGGACACAGAAGGUCUCAAAGAAGUGAAAAGCUUGGAUAAGAAGGAGAGAGAGAGUAGGAAUGACUUUGAAGCACAGAUAGUGACUGCUCACAAGGCAUCCGUCUCUGAAACUGAGAACAGCUCGAAUGAAGUGAAUGUAGAGCGGACAGGCAUUGACUCGAAAACUGAAGAGCAACAGAAAAACAGCAACAAAAAGCAGCCUGUUCAAGAGAGCUCAAGAGGAGAGGGGCGGAAGAACAGAGACACGAUUGUAAACACAUUGUUUAUAGAGUCAGGGAAACUGGAUCCAUCUGUGACAAAUGAAGAGAAACCACCGUCCCCGGAGGACUCUAAAGACUUCUUGGUGCCAGCCAAUAGGAAAGAUGCCAAGCGGAACAGAGAGAGUGAGACAGAUAUGUUGGUCUUACCUGAGAAAGACACCACUAUGUGUGUGCAAAAAGCGAAAAAUACCCCUGAAAAUGACCCAGAGAGACAACGACCAUCAAAGACAAACCAUACGAGUAAAGAAAAAGACAAUCAGAGUACAGAACAACUGAAAACAGCUGAGAAACACAAUUACAGCAAUGAAGUCAACACAUCAAAGCCAACCGAGCAAUAUUUGGAAGGUGAAAUUACAAUGAAGACAACUAAACAAGGUAAAUCAAAGGACAGCUUAGCCUUGAAGGCCAAAGAGAUUAAACAAGAAGACACUACAAUUACGGCAACCAGUCGGGGGAAAGAAACGCAGAAUACAGAGAAAAACUCUUCUACUGAUUUGAAUAAGACUAAGGAUAGAGAUGCUUCUACAAGUAGGGCACUGGCAACACCGAACCCUGCACUGGUAAAAAAACAAAACGAUGAAGCGGACACUAUAAUUUCACCUCAUAUUCCACCUAUGGAGAGAGGCAGUCCCGGGCUACAGGGCCAAUCGGAGAGCCGAGAAGCUUCCAGUGAAAGGGAUUUACAACAACAACAAAAGACCAGCACUGAAGCUAAAGAUCGAGACACAAACAAAACCAAGAGUAAAAUCGCAAGUGCAGAGAUUGUAUCCAUAGUAAAUGGAGACAUAAAUUCUGCAGAGACAGACGAUCAGUUGUCUGAUAAUACUUGUCCUGUUAAACCAACCAAUAAUGAGAAUCUAUCUCUGCGCUCUGUGAAAAAGAGGCCCACUUUAUCGUCAUCCACAGCCAAUGAAGCAUCUAUCGAGCAGUCUGGCCAGGCCGGUGAAAAGAUGACCUCUAAACCAGCAUCAACAAAUGAGACCGUCUCCAGUUUACCAGCCUCAAGUGAUGACAAGAGCACACCUUUAGUUUUACCUGCUAAUGAAAAGACACCACAAGCCUCAACCAAUGAGACAAACUCCACUUUGCCUGCCUCAACUGAUGAUAGGAACACAACUCCAUCAGAAUUGGCUAAUAAAAGUACAACUAAUGAAAAUGCCACAUCUCCACAAGCCUCGUCUAAUGAAAAGAACAAAACUCCAUCAGACUCAAUCAAUGAGAUAACCACACCUUCAAAAGCCACACUUCCACCAGGAUCAACUAAUGAGAUCUCCAGUUUACCAGCCUCAACUGAUGUAAAGGCAACACCUCCAUCAGACUCAGCUAAUAAAAGCACAACUAAUGAAAAUACCACAUCUCCACAAGCCUCAACCAAUGAGACAACCUCCACUUUGCCUGCCUCAACUAAUGAAAAGACUAUGCCUCCACUAGCAUCAACCCUUGAGACAACCUCUGCUUCAUUAGGCUCCAGUGAUAAACCUCCACCAGCGUCAACUAAUGAUAGGAACACAACUCCAUCAGAAUUGGCUAAUAAAAGCACAACUAAUGAAAAUACCACAUCUCCACAAGCCUCCACCAAUAAGACAACCUCCACUUUGCCUGAAACGACAAUCCCUCCACUAGCAUCAACCCUUGAGACAAUCUCUGCUUCAUUAGGCUCCACUGACGACAUGAUCAAACCCCCACCAGCCUCAACUAAUGGAAAGAACACAACUCCAUCAGACUCAAUCGAUGAGAUAACCACACCUUCAAAAGCCACACUUCCACCAGCCUCAACUAAUGAGAUCUCCAGUUUACCAGCCUCAACUGAUGUAAAGAUAGCACCUCCAUCAGACUCAGCUAAUGAGAAAACCACACCUCCAAGAGCCACACUUCCAACAGCCUCAACUGAGAUCAUAUCCAGUUUACCAGCCUCAACUAAUGUAAAGAUAACACCUCCAUCAGACUCAGCUGAAAGAAAGACAAAUGAUGAAAAGACCAUACAUCCACUAGCAACAACCAAUGAAAAGGCAAAGUCUCCACCAGCCCCAACUAAUGAGACAAUCUCCACAUUACUUGUCAAAACUAUUGAAAACAGCACACCUCCAACAACAUCAGCUAAAGAAAAGACCACACCUCUACCAGAAUCAACCAUGGCGAUAACCUCCACAUUUUUAGGCUCAACAAAUGAAAAGACCACACCUUCUCCAACUUCAACCAUUAAAUCGACCUCCACUUUAUUAGGCUCAGGUGAUUAUAAGACCACACCUCCAUUAGUCUUAACUAACGACGCAUCUAAAACUCCCCCAGAUUCAACUAAUAAAGAGACUACACCUCCGCCAGCCUCAACCAUUGAGACAGCAUCAACUUUGCCAACCUCAACCAAUAAAAAAUCUUCAACUAAAGAAAACGCUCCACCUCCAGCCACAACCGAUUCACCAGUCUCCAAUGAUACACCUUCGUUCCCGUUACUCUCUACCAAUGGAGGGAAUAUAACUUCACUUUCUUCAUCCAAAGAAAAGAAAACUCCAUCAGACUCAACCAAUAAGACAACCUCCACUUUGCCUUCCUCAACUAAUGAAAAGAAUACGGCUUCACCAUCAUCAUUCAAGGAAAAGACCUUGCCUCCUGAUGCCUCAACCAAAGAGAAUAUCUCAGUCAGUGAGAAAUCCCCAUCUCCCUCCAGCAAAUCUACAGAUCCAGCCACAAGAAAAAAGGAAUUUAUCCCCAAACCCUUCCUCCUUCCAAAAAUCCCUUCUGCACCUGGAAGCUCCUCCCUGGACAGGGACUCUCCAUCUAGCUGGCUUGAUCUGGAUCUGCAACGUCCUAUAAAGAAGAAGCAGUUGAUUUCAGAACCAAAACCUAAGCUCGGCUCAUCUUUGAGGAAGACCAACCUGGAUACAUCGGGAGAAAUCGACCCAGAUGACUUCAUUGUAAAUGUGAAAAGGCUAGCAAAGCCGUUCAAUCUUCCCCAACGCAAACACACCCAUCAUCGCCCGAAAGCCCCUCCGUUUGUCCUACCAGCCAUCAGAGAAGACCUUUUAGAGAAACCCUUUGAUCCGGAGGAGUUCCAGUGUGGUUUGAGGAGAAGGAGGGAAUUCAUUUUGGAUCUUGCUCCCAGUUCAGUUUCCAAGAGCCAAGACACAGACGCCAAGAAGGAGGACUCCAAACCUAAGUGGACAAAACCUGAGCGUGAGAGCAUCCUCACUAGGUCCUUGAUCUUCCAGAGAAACAGGAAGGAGUCUGAAAAGGAAGAGGGAGAAAAAGAGGAGGGGUCAGAUGAAAGUAAAACAGAGCCAGUGAAAACAAGGUCUCGUUUGGAGAGGUGCUCCAUUGUUAGCCUUCUCCGCAGCCCUACCAAAGGGAGACGCGUGGAGUUUUUAAGCCCCACUGAGAGUCCUUCAGAUGGACUGUUAUCACCCAGCGAUGCUCCUGGGCCUACGUCAACUCCACAAUCACAGCUGGCACCGACUGCAGAAUCACCCGAACAGGUCAUGAUAGAGAAAGUCCUUGCAAAUAACGAUGGCCACUCUACCCCGUCUGGUUCUAAGGAUAUUCUCAAACCCAGCAAAGAUGUUGUGCCUGCCAUGAUUCCUGACCUCAAAACAACUUCAAGGGACCAAACAGUCACUUCAGUAAUAGACACUAAUAUACCUUCCAGUGAUACCAAGACCCAGGUUGUUCUGAAACCUACUGAGGAAGAUGGACUUACGCAAACACCUGACUUAGACCCCCAGGUCACAAAGUUAACGGACACUAAUUCUCCUUCUCCACCUGGUUGUAGCCAGUCUGGUUCGCAGGUUGUUCUAAAACACACCAAGAAUGAUGGACCUAUCAUGACACCUGACCUCAAAUCAACUUUGAGAGAUCCCACACUUACUAUGUUAUCAGACUCUAAUGCACCUCUCAGUGAUACCCAGACUGGUUCCCAGGUUGUUCUAAAACCUACUAAGGAAGAUGGACCUAUGCAAACACCUGACUUGAAAACGACUUCAUUAAACCCUCAGGUCACAGUGAUAACAGACACUAAUUAUCCUCCUAAACCUAGUUGUACCCAGUCUGAUGGACCUACAAUGACACCUGACCUCAAAACAACUUUAAAAGAUCCCACAGUUACUAUAUUAACAGACUCUAAUGCACUUUUGCAUCCCAGUGGUAACCAGACUACUUCCCAGGUUGUUCUAAAACCUACUAAGGUUGAUGGACCUACCCAGACACCUGACCAAGUCACCAUGUUAACAGACACUAAAACACCACCACUUCUCAGCACUAUCCAGAUUGGUUCUGAUGUUAUUCUUCAACCUGAUGUACCAACCCUGAUGCCUGACCUGAAAACAGAUGCUAGUGCUCCUCCACCGUUUCCUUCCUUUGAAGACAUCAAGAUGCCUAGUUUCCUGGACAAAUUUCUUCCAAAGGAGCCUGAAACCACUCGAUCAUCAAAUACGGUGGCUAGAGAAAGGGCUUCCAGAACUGGUCUAGUGGAUGUGAAUACGGCUGUUGACGUAGCUGACGGGAAAACCCAAGAUGUUACGAUUCCACCUCAAGUUCCAGAAGCCCAAAUCCCUCAGAGAGAACUCCCAAAUAUUCCAACUGCUCGUGGAAUCCAUCGGCGUCCUGCAAAGAUUGUGAUAUUUGAGCAACAUCAGUUCAGCGGUCAGUCUUUUGACUUCUUCAGGGACCAACCUGAUGCUACACACAUGCAACUGUCCGGUGUCAUAUCAGUGAAAGUGGUCAGAGGAUGUUGGAUACUGUAUGAGAAACCAGGGUUUGAGGGACGAUGCAUCGCUCUGGAAGAGGAAAUCGUUAACGAACUGCCCAAUCAAUGGGCGGAAGAGGGCAAAGAAACACCUAUGGUCAUUGGCUCAAUUCGUCUGGCUAUUAGAGACUACACUCCUCCCCGGAUCGAGCUGUUCACCGAGCCCGCUGGCAUGGGCAGAAGCUUUGAGUAUGUGGAUAUCACAGAGGAAGUGGGCAGUUUCAGCCUUCCUCAGGACACCGGCUCUAUCAAAGUCCACAGUGGUCUGUGGCUGGUUUACAGUGAUCCAGGUUUCCAGGGACUGCUGGCAGUGAUGGAGGCCGGAGAAUAUCCGUAUCCCGAGGACUGGGGUUUCCCGUCGCCGAUCGUGGGCUCUUUGAGGCCCUUGCGUAUGGGCCUUCCGAAAGUAGAGAACCCGACUGCAGUGAAGGCGGUGUUGUACGAGAAAGCCGGUCUGGAGGGCCGUUGUGUUGAGGUGCAGGGAGACGUGUUCUCCUUCUCCGACCCGGACCAUCACGGAUUGAACUGUGUGGAAUCACUGAGGAUCCUCGGAGGCCUGUGGGUUGGAUACGAGCACGAGGGUUUCGACGGGCACCAGUUCGUCCUGGAGGAAGGAGAGUAUUUAGACUGGAGAGACUGGGGCGGGACGGGGCAGAAGCUGCUCUCGCUGAGGCCCGUCUUCAUGGAUUUCUCUUCCCCUCAUGUGAAGAUGUUUAGUGAGCCGGACUUUUCAGAGCGAGGCGUCAGUAUGGAGCUCCUGGAGCCGCUGGAAGACGCGUCGGACACACACUACGGCCCACACACACGCUCCAUCGAGGUCCUGGCAGGAGUCUGGGUUGCGUUCGAGGGCGCCGGGUUGUGUGGGCGUCAGUAUGUCCUGGAGAAGGGUCUCUACGGAAGCCCGGAGGACUGGGGCGCGACCGACAGCCGGAUCUCAUGUGUGAUCCCGGUGACUCUGGACAGUCCGGGAAACUCCCGCCUCUUCCAGCUUGAGCUGUUCCCGGAGGCGGGGUUCGGCGGGACGUCUGUGCUUCUGCAGGACUCAUUACCCACAAUGCCUGAGGGGUUCAUCGUGCGCUCCUGCAGGGUCUGUGCUGGAAGCUGGCUGGCGUUUGGCUGUGAGGGUUUCUCCGGGCAUCAGUGUGUUCUGGAAGAAGGUGUGUAUCCAGAUCUGAGGACGAUGGGCUUCACACACCCCGACGCAUCAGUGCUGUCUGUCCAACCCACAGGACACGAGUUUUCUGUGCCGUCUAUCGUUCUGUUCGAGCGUCCUGGACUCAGAGGAAGGAGAACGUUACUGAAGUCGAGCUCCGUGAACCUGCAGCUGACGGAGAGCUGGAGCAGAGUCUCCUCUGUACUGGUGAAGGGCGGCAUGUGGGUCCUGUACGAGGCCAGUAACUUCAGAGGUUCUCAGUUCCUGCUGAAGCCCGGCGCUGUUCCUGAUUGGCCCAAACUCUCCUCCUGGCGUCGAAUCGGAUCGCUCCGCCCACUCAUGCAGAAGCAACCGCUGUUCCGCUUGCGUAAUGAAGAGGCGGGGCUUAUGAUGUCAGUCAAAGGGUCACUCGAUGACAUCAAACUGAUGCGUAUCCAGGGGAGUGAGGAGGGGGGCGGAGCCGACCAGAUCUGGGCCUAUCAGGAGGACGGUCGCUUGCAGUGCAAGUGGCUGCUGGACUGCUGUGUGGAUGUGGGUUCUGGUGUUCUGAUGCCCGGCGCUCGAGCGGUUCUGUCGUCAGAGUUCGGCAAACCUCAUCAGAUCUGGAACAUCACGAGCGACGGGGUCAUCCGCAGUCACAGCGCACCCAACCUCGUGCUGGAGGUCAAAGGAGGCCAACAGUUUGACAAAAGCCAGAUUAUUCUCAAUGAAUUCAACCCAAACAAAAUGAAUCAGAGAUGGUCCCUGGAGAUCCUCUGAGAGUCCCUCCCUCCCACGCAGCUCCGUCAGGGGACCCACUGCUCUGUGGUAGAGCUGCGCCAGGGGGCCCAGUGUCCUGUGAGGCAGCUGCACCACAGGGACCGCGAGCUAUGGAAAUCUCAUUCAUCAACGAAUGGAAUAUGAUCAUAUUCUUCUGGACAUUGUAUUAUUUUUAUAAACUGUCGUUGAGACACGUCUACGCUGCCUUUACAAAAUCACUUACUUGAACAAUGAUAAUGUUUCGGCUUGACUUUGUAGCUAUAUGGACAUUUGCUUGUUUUUGUGUUUAUGAGUAAAUGUUUGUUUUGUUAAUCAGCUCCAGCUUUGUUCAGGUCAUUGAGACGUGUGAUUGGUCCGUGCUGAUUGGCCCAUUGGGGAUUCCGUCUGUUCUGAUUGGCUGUCUGGGGGAUUCCACUGUUCUCUGUCCACUAAUGCGGCCGGUGUGAUUGGCUCGUGUUUCACGGGCCACUUGAACAAUAGAAACCGACGCUUUCUUCUCACAGUCAGCACUAGCGCUCUCCUCUGCCAAGGCUUUCUCGAAGUCAUGAAACAAACGUUCCUCAUUAAUGUUCUCAGAAGGUUAGCACAAAAACGUUAUUUAUACAUCCAUAAUGUUUGAAGAAUGAAACAACAGAAUGUUCCUUUAAUGUAACCAUCUUAACGUUCACACAACCAAGAAAUGUAGUUUUUUUGAAUGUUCAGAAAUAAUGUUUUUAUAGCAUAAUAAUGAUUAUAAGUUAUUGAAUAUUACAGGUGUAUGCGUGUCAGAUGGAGUACAUGGGCUUUUAAUAAAACUUGACUGCCUGUA